AAACUUUUAGGUUGGUAGUUUUAGUUUGACAAUACAGAAAUAAUUUUUGUGUUUACAAAAAUUUUGAUUUUAUUUAAUUAGUUAUUCUAUUUUGCCUUGUUACACCUUUACUUUUAAUUUCAUGUUAUUCACGCGUUAGUGUUACAUUAAUAAGUUGUUAAAAUGUCGGAUUCGUCACAGAUAACCUACAAACCAACGGAAAGUCUUCUGAAUGUCAUCAACAACAACAUCUCCAAAACCAGCGUGUCUCAGAUACCGGAGGUGGUCUUCGCGGAUGACGGCACCGAGUUCUUCCCCUGCAAGUUUUGCUGCUUCGCCUAUGCGUUCAAAGACGACCAACUGCAGCACAUGAAGAUCUGCAACUUUAAAGACGACACACCGAUAACCAUCGAGGAAGCACCACGAGCCAAGGCAAGGAAGAGCUUCGGCAAUUCCUCGACCAGUCAACUGCAGAAGCUCAGGCCGAAACCGUACGUCAACAACAACCCGCCCGUAAAGGUGAAAGUCGAACCGGAACCCUACCUCGGCGACAUGAAGCAGCUCGCGAUCAUGUACCCGAAGACGUGCCUUGACUGCGGCGAGGUCUUCAACAGCAAGACGUCCCUCUACGAGCACCGCAAGGAGUCGCAUCCAAAAAUCUACGUCACGUCCGAGGAGCUGAUCUACUACGACGAACUGUUCAAACAGACGGAAAUGACACAGUGCACGUUGUGCUUCAAACCGACGAACAAGGCGCAGUGGGCGCGUCACCUCGCCACACACGCCGAAGAGAAAAACUUCGACUGCUCAAUUUGUACGAGAAAGUUCAGGCGGAAGGACCAACGAAACGUACACGAGAAAUCACACGCGAUCGCCUCAUGACUCGUUAGGACCGUAUUUGUUAUAAUUUUUUGGAGAAAUUUAUUAUUGUUUUUGUUGUAGUCAAUUAUUUUUGAUGUGUUCAAAGGGGAUUAGUAGCUAAUGGGAACUUUUAAGUUAGCGAAGCAAACUUUCGAAUGAAAAUUCGAAGCUUUGUACCCGCGUAACGUAGCUAGGUUGUAUGUUACUUUGUUAAUUUAAUUUACUCUAUUUCUAAGCGAAUUAUUGAAUCUCACAUACCAAAGGUCAUAUUGGAAAUAAUUGUUAUCAAAACAAAUAGUGCCUUAAUUAAGACUUAAAUUGUAUUUAAUGUUAUUAAUGUAUUUUUUAUCGAUAAUUAUAUAUUGGGUAAUACUCUUUCAUUGCA